ACAAUCUGUGUUUGGAUUCAGUGCGCAUGCUGAGUUCCGGGGGAUACAACUUAAUAAAGAGGGAAACUCACAGCAGGAUCAGGAUUUGAAUGAGGCAACUCUCUUCAGGGCAAUGUCAAGUGCUGAAGCUUGGGUUGGGAGCUGGAGGCCUCACAAGCCAAGAGGGCCCAUAGCUGCCCUCUACGGUAGCCCAGGGCCCAAGUAUGCACUACCUGGACUUACAGGUAUUUCAAAACAUGACCCUACUAAAUACAAAGCACCAAUGUUCAGCUUUGGGAUACGUCACAAUCAGGCCAAUUCUAACUGCUCACCUGGACCGAGAUACCUCAUCCCCUCCAACAUCACCAGAGGGGGCCGAGAUGGCACUCCUGCGUUUUCACUUCACAGCCGUCCAAAGGACCCAGCACUGUUCCAAGCCCCUGGACCAGGCAAAUAUUCCCCAGAGAAGUCAGGAAAUGUGAUCUUUCGCGCUGCUCCUGCUUAUUCUCUAGCUGGGAGGAGCAAAGAAAUCAGCAACAGCCAAACACCAGGUCCAGCCUCCUAUUCUCUGCCGCCGGUGCUGGGGCCCAAAACUGUGGCCACAGCUGCAGCUCCCACCUACUCGCUCUGUGGCCGCAGCAAAAAUGGAAGCUUCCAUGAAGACCUGAAGAAGACUCCUGGCCCUGCUGCCUACAAAGUGGUGGACCCUUGUACUUACAGCCAAAAACCUCCCCAGUAUAGCAUGACAGGCCGCAACUUCACACCAGGUGAAACCACAAAGAAACCAGGACCCGGUGCUCAUUAUCCUGAACAGGUGACCUUCACAAGACCAAAAGCUCCGAGCUUCUCCUUUGGACUGCGUCACUCAGAGUUCAUCUCACCCCUCAUUGUAGAUGUGCAUGAAAAAUGUGAUUGAUCACACAGCAGUAUCGAUUAAAGUACAAAAAGCAAACUCCUCAAGAUUACUGAGAAUCAUAUUCUAUUGCCACAGUUACAGGCCUUGUUGUAUUGGUACUUGUCACUUUGUCUGCGUGACUGAAUGCAGUAUUUGAAGUAAAUUGUAUAGAAUUAAAAAGAAAUGUCACCAGAAAUUUGGUUAGUUAAAAAUGUAAGUAGGUAACUAAUUAGUAUCAAUUGUAAUUUUCAUAGCAGCAAAAGCACAAGUGAUGACAUGAAAGAUGGAUCCAAUGAAGCCAAUAUUAAUGGUAUUAGUUAAGAGAGGCCUGUUGAUCUGGCAAAUAAAACACCAAACAGAACACAUGAAACUAUUUUAUUAAAGGUUCAAUAUGUAAGAUUUUGAAGCACUUACGCAACAUUAAAAAAAUGAGGCCGUCCCCAGCUUUCUUGGUUGUCUGUGGACUGGAUUUGUAUGUGUUUCUAAGGAUGUGAGGCUGAAUGAAGUGUGACAGCACCCACCUGUCUCUCAAAACCAUUUGCCAGCUAUUGAGCGCGCACUCCAUUGCAAACUGCUAAAAGCAGGUAUUAAAGGUCAAUUC